CUCCGCGAUGCUGCGACGGGCUCGGGAAAAUUCCCUAAUUCAAUAAAAAAAGCGGUUGAUACUACCGUAGAGUCCCAAAACGGUUCUGUAUUGAUUGAUUGUAUUUGCCAGCCAGUCUGAGGAUCUGACGAAGUGUCACUCUUUGCUCCGACGACCAGUCAAAGUAUUACACCUUCACCAUGGGCCUACUCACGAUCAUUCGUAAAAGCAGGCAAAAAGAACGGGAGAUGAGAAUUCUCUUCCUAGGACUGGAUAAUGCUGGUAAGACGACCAUCCUAAAGAAGAUCAAUGGGGAAGACAUAUCCAGCGUGAGCCCCACGCUUGAUUUCAAUAUCAAGACGUUCAUUCACAGAAAGCGUGAUGCCACGCGUCACAGAUACACUCUCAACAUUUGGGAUGUAGGCGGACAACGAACUCUUCGACCAUACUGGCGCAACUACUUUGAACAAACAGAUGGCAUUGUUUGGGUGGUCGAUUCAGGGGACAGAAUGAGAAUGCAGGACUGCAGAGAAGAGCUACACAAUCUUCUUCUCGAAGACCGGUUAUCUGGCGCUUCUCUGCUUGUCUUCGCGAACAAACAAGAUAUACAUGGCUCGAUGUCAGAUCUUGAAAUCAGCGAGGCACUGGAUCUACCUGGGAUCAAAUCUCACAACUGGAAGAUCUGGUCGUGCAGUGCAGUUACUGGUCUUAAUCUGAUCCAAGGCCUCGACUGGGUCGUUGAAGAUGUAGCCCACAGGCUUUACUACAGCUCGACUAGUUUCGCGUAAUGUUUUUCCCAUCUCGCGCACACGAAAAUCUGGAACAUCUGCUUGUGAAUGCCCUUCUUUCACUGAGACGCAUCGACCAUGUCGAUUUCGCGCCGCAUGACGGUCUAGGUUUCAUUUCCGCAGCAUGCAACCGAAACUGCAACCUCAUUCUUUAGACGGCCCGCAUUCUUUCCUUCCAGAGAAGGAGCGGGGGCGUCGGGCGAU